UCUGCCGUUCUGCCUCUGCCAGUCAAUUUUUUCCAAUCAGAAAGAAAAGCAGUGCAGUCGCGUCGCCGAAGAUUAUUGUAAAAACAUAAGGUUUUCGAUGUUUCUGGUCUUUUUACUUCAGUAAAACAAACAAAAGUCGCUUCGGACUCGGUUUCGGGACCCAGAAAUUCGUCGCCCCAGAAGGCGCGUUUUCGCCAAGUAAACCCGACAAUUCGAAUAGGAUAUUUUCUUGUUUUUUUUCUGUUUUUCCACGGCAAAAAUUUCGUUUUUCCAAAUACCAAAACAACAACAACAAAAGUGCGUCCGCGUGCAAAAACGACGAGAAAACGAAAAGAAAAAAUUGUGGGCGAAUCAACAAGCAAAAGAGAAUGAGCGAUGAUGGGGAGAAGAGGCAAAAGCAGAGGCAGUUGUCGUAGUACUAGCACCAAAAAGAAACUGCGAAAUGUGAAGUGACAAAAAUAACAACAGCAACAACAAGUAACGAAGAGAAGCCCAAAAGCAAAGAAGGUAAAAAGCAAAGGCGAAAAGAGCGCAAAAUAUACGUCUACAAAAAGCAGCAGCAGCAGCAGCGGCAGCAACAACACAAAAAUUAACUUAAAAAAGUCGUGAAUUCAACGUACAGUAUAUAUAUACGAACACACCAACACACGCGCAGGGCGAGGAGGAGAGAGCGAGAGCGUGCGUUAUUUAUUUUAUAUUUUCGUUAAUCAUUUUUCGCAUUUCGUGGAGCAAGUUGGAAAAGCGACAAUACAAAAUACAGCAAGAGCAGCAGCAGGCAGUUUGCACCACUUGGAAGAGGUUCCGCCCUCCCCCAAUUCCAUAUGCAAAAUGUCUAGUCCCGACGAUAGAAUACCAAUACACGAUCUGCCACCAGAAGCCGGAAGCGAUGAGCGAUUGCUGCACAUAACGCCGGGCACUCUGACUCUGGACUUCAAGCCCCAUUCGGCGGUGGAUAUCGAUCAGCAGAUCAUGGAGCUCAAGAAGAGCCAGGAACUGCAGAAGCAGCGGCUUCUACUCACGUUUCAGGAGCAAUCGAAGAAGAUGGAACUGGAGCAUAAACUCCAACUGGAGCACAAGUAUCAAUUUGCGGUGAAUUCACAUGGCGCUUUCCAGGAAUUGCGAAACGAGAGCAUGGUGACAGCCGCCGCCGCGGCGGCCGAGGAGCAGCAUCGCCAGCAGCAACAUCAGCAGCAGCAACAGCAGCAGCAACACCAGCAGCAGCAGCAGCAGCAACACCAGCAGCAGCAGCAGCAACAGGGACGCGGCAGGGACGGCAUGAAACCCAAGCAGAUCUGCAGCGCCAAUGCCAGUCCCGAGGUCAAACAGAUUCUCAACUGCUUCAUCAUGAACAGAAAGUCGCAGGUGGCGCAAUCGAAUGGCACGACCACAUCGCCCUACAGGAAUCGCGGCGUGGUGAAGAGCUCCUCGGGCGAGUCCCUCCCAGCCGGAACCGUGACCAGUGCGCAUCCGUACAAAAUACCUCAGCCGCCCUCCUCGAUGCAGAAAUAUGAAUCUGAUUUCCCGCUGAGGAAGACAGCCUCCGAACCGAACCUGCUGAAGAUCCGGCUGAAGCAGAGCGUCAUCGAGCGCAAGGCCCGAAUCGGCGGACCGGCGGGAGCCCGGCGCCACGAGCGCCUCCUCCAGGCGGCGCAGCGCAGGCAGCAAAAGAACUCCGUUCUCACAAACUGCAACAGCACACCGGACUCGGGGCCCAACUCGCCGCCCUCGGCAGCCGCCUUGGCGGUGGGCGUGGUCGGGAGCCGCGGAUCGCCGACCAGUGCUCCCAUCCAGGAGGAGAACGAGGAGGGCAGCCAGUACCAGCCGGGCCAGCGGAGCAGCAUCAACGAUCUGCCCUUGUUCAGCUCGCCAUCGCUGCCCAACAUCUCGCUGGGGCGACCGCAUUUACCCAACUCGGCGCAGGCGCACGCCCAGGUGGCUGCCCAGGCCCAGGCGCAGGCUCAGGUGGCCCAGGCCCAGGCCCAUGCCAUGUUCGCUGCCCUGCACCAGCAUGUGGCCGCCGCCCAGGGCGGCUGCGGACAGCCGGCCUACUACAAUCCCCUGGGCAUGGCCUUCGUGGGCCGCCAGCCGGCGCCGCUGGCCAUGAUCCCGGCCACGGGGAUUGCGCCCCAGCAGCCGUCGCCGGUGGUGCGCAGCGCCUCGGCCACCUCGACGUCCUCGUCGCAGGCCUCGCUGGUGGGCGAUGUGGCGCCGCCGCAGGCCCACGCCGCCUCCACCAUUCUGCCCUCGUCCUCGUCCUACAUGCAACAGCUGGGCGGCGUGGCCGGUUCGGCGGUUAAUCUCCGUGCCGCCGCAGUGGCUGCAGCGGCAGCAGCAGCGGCCGCCGCCGGAUCACUGCCGCCGACCAAUAGCCACGGGCACGGUCACGCCACCCACGGCGCCCACGCCCAUGCCCAUGGACACGGGCAUGGCCAUGCCCUCUACGGCGGCCACCAGCACAAUGUGCCCAUCACGGAUGCCCAGGUGGCGCAGGUGCAUCUGCACAAGCAGGGCCACCGGACGCUGGGGCGGACGCAGUCGGCUCCACUGCCGCUGGGCCAUCCGAUGCUGACCGGCUCCGGCCAGCUGAAUGUGGUCCAGACGCACUACGAGAAUAGUGAGGCGGAGCGCCAGGCGUACGAGCACCAGGUGCUGAACCAGAAACUCCGUCAGACCGUCCUGACGCGCAGCGGAGCAGCUGCAGCCGCCGCCGCCGCUGCUGGCGUGAAUGUGGUGCGCGAGGCGCAGCUGAAGGAGGAGGAUGACGACUCGGCCGCCGAGGUGAUGGACCUUACCGACAAGAAGAAACCGCCGAAGACGGUGCUGACCAGCACAAUAGCCACCAGCACGUCCCAGAAUCUGCCCGAAGCUUUGGCCGCGGCGGUGGCAGCAGCCGCCUACCGUGCCCCGCCCUCCACGCCCUUGUCCAGCAACUCCGCCUCCGCCAGCAAUUCCGGCUUCAAGCUGCGUGACCAGGAGUAUCUGCAGCAGCAGCGGGAGCUCUUGCUGCUGCAGCAGGAGGAGGAACUGUCCAAGGGGCCAAUGACGCCGCUAUCGCGGACGCUUAGCAGUCCGCUGGUGCCGUUGGGUCCGCACGGCCUUAGCCAGAUUCCAGACACCGGGCAGCAUCCGGCGCCGAUAGCCACAUCCUCGUCGGCCGAUCAUAUACCGCCCGUGAACCUCUCGCUGCCGCAUCGCCAGCACCGCCAGCUGAUGAGCACCCUGUAUGCCAGCCAUUUGCGCAACCACCAGCAGCCACCGGCGAGUGGUUCGCCGCCGCACAAGGUCACCACCGGACUGGCCUACGAUCCGCUGAUGCUGAAGCACUCGUGCAUCUGCGGCGACAAUGCCCAGCACCCGGAGCACAGUGGUCGGCUCCAGAGCGUGUGGGCGCGUCUGAACGAGACCGAUCUGGUGAAGCGCUGCGAUCGCCUGCGCGCCCGCAAGGCAACCCAGGAGGAGCUGCAGACGGUGCACACGGAGGCGCACGCCAUGCUCUUCGGCUCGAAUCAGUGCCAGUUGAGCAGGCCCAAGUUGGAGAACACGUUGUCGGCCAGCUUUGUCCGCCUGUCGUGCGGCGGCUUGGGAGUGGACCUGGACACCACGUGGAACGAGCACCAUACGGCCACCGCUGCCCGGAUGGCCGCCGGAUGUGUGAUCGAUUUGGCGCUGAAGACGGCCAAGGGGGAUCUGCGGAAUGGCUUCGCCGUUGUCCGGCCGCCGGGCCAUCAUGCGGAGGCCAACCUGGCCAUGGGCUUCUGUUUCUUCAACUCGAUCGCCAUUGCGGCCAAGUUGCUCCGCCAGCGGAUGCCCGAGGUGCGGCGCAUCCUCAUCGUCGAUUGGGAUGUCCAUCACGGCAAUGGCACACAGCAAGCAUUCUACCAAAGUCCCGACAUUCUAUAUCUUUCCAUACAUCGACACGAUGACGGUAACUUCUUUCCCGGCACAGGCGGGCCCACAGAGUGCGGCUCCGGUGCUGGUCUCGGCUUCAACGUGAAUAUCUCAUGGUCUGGGGCACUCAAUCCGCCGCUGGGCGACGCCGAGUAUAUCGCUGCAUUCCGUACCGUUGUGAUGCCCAUCGCGCGGAGCUUCAACCCGGACAUUGUGCUGGUCUCCUCCGGCUUCGAUGCGGCCACCGGCCAUCCGGCUCCGCUGGGCGGCUACCAUGUCUCGCCGGCCUGCUUUGGCUUCAUGACCCGCGAGCUGCUCCAGCUGGCCAACGGCAAGGUGGUGCUGGCCCUCGAGGGCGGCUACGACCUGGCCGCCAUCUGUGAUUCCGCCCAGGAGUGCGUGCGGGCGCUGCUCGGCGAUCCCGCCGCCCCCAUAGCCAAGGCCGAGCUGGAGCGGCCGCCCUGCCAGAACGCCAUCAACACGCUCCAGAAGACGAUAGCCAUUCAGCAAACGCACUGGCCCUGCGUCAGGAUGCUGGAGCACACGGUGGGUCUGUCCGCGCUGGAAACGCUCAAGGUGGAACACGACGAGUCCGAGACGAUCAACGCCAUGGCCGGCCUCUCGAUGCAGUCGAUGCACAGAACCCUAUCCCGCGACGAUUCCGAGGAGCCGAUGGACCAGGAUGAAACCAAAUAGGAGGCAACGCUGGCGGAGCGUGGAGGCGGGGACACGGAGGCGGUGGGCGUGGCACCGGGGAAGGGCGGGAGGGCGUGGCCGCAAGCUGCUCAAUGCACAUUUAGUUAUUUGUUGUAGUUGAAUUGAUUGUUGUUGCUGUUGUUGUUGUGGCGCUCGCUUGCAAUUGUUGUCGUUGUCAUUGAUCGUCUAUAGCCACAUCCGUCUCUCUCACUCGAUCGACACUAUUAAAUCCCAGCCACCCGCAUCCCAAUGAAAACUGGAGAAACAUCGAAACUAAAGUAGGGAAAAGUGUCCAAAAGAAGCAGAACAGGGCCUGAAGUUCAAAAUGGUGGCUGUGCCUCCAAAAAGAAAUAAUUAUAAUGAUUAGAAGGAAGAGCCCCUGGGAAACUGGGGAAUUUUAUAUGAAUAUAUAGUGUAUAUGGUGAGAAUUUAGUUGUAGAAUUCCUUGAGGGAUUUUUUUUUGUUUUUUUUUUUAGGGUGGGAGGAGAAGAGGUAUUUUAACGCACACUGAAACACACGCAACUCAAUGUAUCUUAUUAUUAAUAUUAUUAUUAUUUAAGUAUGUGUGUUGAAGGAUAUAGAAGCACUAACCUAAUGGUAACCCAGUAAACUAUGUGAAGUAAAGUUAGGAGACGAUUAGGUGCAAGAAGCGUGUGUUUUUAGGUAAGGUUCAACCACAAAGUUCCCAAAAUACAAACCCCACCACGCCCACUCGUCCCGCCACCCCAGGUCGAGAUCGAGGGAGAGAGAGGAUUAGGUGUUACGUAGAAUGCUUUAGUCGAUAUAAGAUAUCGUGAGAAAACUUAACAGCUAACAAGUUGGAGGAAAAGCGAAAAACUGAGAAAUCUUUUGUACAAUUUAUAGUUUAGUGCAAGUUUCAAGUACAACAUACUAUUAUUUAAAGAAUUCUAUAUAUAUUUAAAUAUAUAUUGUGCAAUAAAUGUGAGAAAAUGAAAAUCGAGUGCAGAGCAAAAACAAACCACACAAAAGCAGAAACUAAAACGAAUAAGAGAAAUUGUUGUUAAAUGUUGCCGAGAUCUUAUAUACGUAUGUAUACCUAAUAACUGUUACGAUAAUAACCCUUUAUACAUAAAAAGAAUGUGUACACAUAAAGGCACACGUGUGUGUAACGAUAACGAUGUUCAACAAAUGUCUGAAAUGAAGUAAAACUAUUAUUAUAUGUAAAUAAAACACGAAACAAAGUGAACCAUUUUAAUAAAAAACCAAACAAAAACACUAAAUUCGAAGCACUCACGCUCACACACACACACAGUGGGUCCUGGAAGGGACCCGAGAGGCGUGAACCGGGAAAAUUCUGGAAUACCCGUCUACCGCUAACCGUUAACUGUAAAACCGCUGUAACUGUACUUGUACUCGUGUACCUUUAGCUGUCUAUAGCCGUCUCUCUCUAACUCGCUACCCAAUACUACGGGGGCACCUCAAAAGCAGGGCAAGGAGCAACAGACAAGGAUCGAAAGAUUGGAAGCUGGGGAGCAGGGAGAGAAGGAAGUGAAGAAUAAGCACAACGAGAGGUGGACCGAUUGGCUCCAACUGGAUGAAACAAUGUUAACAAAUCGAAAGAGAAACAGAAACUAAAAACUGAACUUAAAAUGAAGUCACAAAUGUAACUACUAAUCUAAGCGAAGGAGGAGAUGCCAUUGCCCUUUAUUUUUUCAUGUCUCUCCCGUCCUUUUCUCUUUUUACACAGAGAACAGAAUUCGAAAGAUGAUCUUUUUCGAAUAAAAACCCUGGAACUGGGGUUACUUUAACCAAAUGAACGACUUUGGAAACUAGUUUUGGCUUUUUGAAUAUUUUGUCAAACGCUAAAAUACUUUUGAUGUUGGUUGUUCUCUGUGUACAAACUUUUUGUUUACUUUUGGCUUUCUGUUUAAAAUUCGUGAAUAGCCCCGAGGGUUAUCUUAAAUUUCCAGACAUCACCUAUCCAUUUACCUCUCCUCCUGAUGGAACGUUUUUGAAAAAACCUUUAAACUGAUAACGAGAAACUCUAAAAAAAUUAUACUAACAAAUAUUGUUGUCGCGCACUGCAAAAAAAUAAAACAAAAAUUAAUUCCAUAAGCUGAAAAAUAGAAAAAAAUGGUUUUAGCAAAAUGAAAACAAAAUCAAAUAUUUAUAUUUUGUUUAUUGUUGCACAAAUAAGUCCAAGGAACAAAAAACAUGAAACAAUUAAGAGUAAUAUUGUGUGUCGCUUUUUCUAAACGAAAUAAAUCGAAGAAACCGUCAAGAGUA